UCCUUUAUCAACCCAAACAUCCUCUCUAACUUCUUCAUCUAUCUCCAACUUUUUCAUCCAUCUUCAAACACACUUAACAUAGGAAGCAGCCAUUACAACAAGUGUACUAGUAGUGGAGAAGACACUAAAGGUUUCUAUUGCUCUUGUUCUAUAUGUGAUUUUAUUUUGCAUCUUGUCUGUGCUAACAUCCUUUUUAUAAACUAUCCAAAAAGACAUGACCAUACCCUCACCAACUUCCCUAGAAAAAACUCCCUAACUUGUGAUGUUUGUGCAUUGGGUGAUGAAAAAUGUUUCAUCUACAUUUGUUAUCAAUGCGAUUUUAUCAUCCAUAAAACAUGUAUCUACAUACCAACCACAAUAAAAUUAUCUCAUCAUGAUCAUCGUCUCUCUUCCACACCUUCUCUUUCUAUUUUCAAUAAGAUUUGGUCUUGUGGAGUUGACAAAUAUUAUGGAGAAUGCUCUUGUGUGAAGAGUUGCAACUAUGAAAACCAAAAAUUGAGAUUGAAGAUGUUAAGCCGUUUGAAGAGAUAUCUCCUCAACAAUGGUAGGUCUACUAAGCCUAGGCUACUAACAUAUUUUUGUUUUGAAUCAAGAUCUGCUAUCUUCCCACUUCCCCUACCCAUAAGCAUUCUGACUGAUGAUGGAGUCAUAAAACAUUUCAGUCAUCUUAGUCAUUACAUGAGACUUGACAAAAAGGAGAAUGAUAAAAUGGAUGACGAAAGAAGGUGUCAAGCGUGCAUCCUUCUUGUCUAUGAAAAUAACAUUUAUGAUUGCAUAAAAUGUGAUUUUAUCUUCCAUGAAACGUGUGUACAUCUUCCCAUCCACUUACUCUACAAAUGGUUCAGAAACAUGCAUCCGAAUGCGAAGCUG